AUGGCUGCUUUGAGGGCGGGUGUCGCCAGGAGUCUGCAGAGACUCGCAAGAUGUACCACUCUCACACGACCAAGACCUCUCAUCACUCCAUCAAGAUGCCUCCUAGCAACGACACACCUCCACCACCGCCCACGAUACAUCUCCCACUCCCGUCCUGCGCGCCUCGCCGAAGUCACCGAAGCCUUCUCCUCCCAGCUCCAAAAUGCUCCUCCUGACAUCCUCAGCACACCACCAUCAACAUCAACCACUCCCCAGACCUUGACCGAAAAGAUCGUCCAGCGCUACUCGCAAGGCCUUCCCGAUGGCAAGUUCGUCAAGUCCGGCGACUACGUCACCCUCUCACCGCACCACUGCAUGACCCACGACAACUCCUGGCCCGUCGCGACCAAGUUCAUGAGCAUCGGCGCGACCAAGAUCCACGACAACAAGCAGGUGGUGAUGACGUUGGAUCACGAUGUGCAGAACAAGAGCGAGAAGAACCUCAAGAAGUACCAGCAGAUUGAGUCGUUUGCCAAGUCGAAUGGCGUGGACUUCUAUCCGGCGGGACGUGGUAUUGGACAUCAGAUUAUGGUUGAAGAGGGAUAUGCUUGGCCUGGGACUAUGGCUGUGGCCAGUGAUAGUCACUCGAAUAUGUAUGGCGGUGUUGCGUGUCUGGGGACGCCUGUGGUCAGAACUGAUGCUGCGAGUAUUUGGGCAACGGGCAGGACAUGGUGGCAGAUUCCUCCGAUCGCGAAGGUCACUUUUACCGGUAUAUUACCAGAGGGGGUGACUGGAAAGGAUGUCAUUGUCGCUUUAUGUGGGUUGUUUAACAACGACGAGGUCUUGAAUCAUGCUAUUGAGUUUACUGGAUCGACGAACACGAUGAGGAGUCUACCCGUGGACGAUCGACUUGCCAUUGCCAAUAUGACGACCGAAUGGGGCGCUCUUUCUGGUCUUUUUCCAAUCGACGAUGUCCUUAGAGGCUGGUUGCGAUACAAGGCUACGGAGGCGAGCAUGUACAAGUCGCCUUCUGAGACGUCAAGCUUGACUACAGAACGUUUCAACCACGAGAGAUUGGAUGAACUUUUCGCAAACCCACUCACGGCGGACAAAGGUGCUACUUACGCCAAGGAGCUGUAUCUGGAUCUUUCAAGUCUCUCGCCUUACGUCUCUGGUCCGAACUCGGUCAAGGUGGCCACACCUUUGAAUGAGCUCGAAGCGCAAGACAUCAAAGUUAACAAGGCAUACCUCGUUUCUUGUACCAAUUCAAGGCGAUCAGAUCUCGAAGCAGCCGCCAAGGUGUUUAAGCAACAAGCAGAUGUCGAUGGUAAAGUCCCAAAGAUUGCCGAAGGUGUCAAGUUUUACAUCGCUGCAGCUUCCCUCCCAGAACAGCAAGCUGCUGAAGAAUCAGGCGACUGGCAAGCACUUCUCGACGCUGGCGCUGAGCCUCUCCCAUCUGGCUGUGGUCCUUGUAUUGGUCUUGGAACUGGACUUCUCGAGCCUGGCGAGGUCGGUAUCUCAGCCAGCAACCGCAACUUCAAAGGACGUAUGGGCAGCACAGACGCCAAGGCUUACCUUGCCAGCCCCGAGGUCGUCGCCGCCAGUGCUCUGCAAGGCAAGAUUGCUGGUCCAGGCUGGUACGAAAAGCCCGCUGAAUGGACGGGUGUGAACCGCGGUGUUGGUGAUGGUGUGCGGGAAGAGGAUCGCAUGAUCUCGAUUGAGGAUGCACUGGACAAGCUCAUUCAGCAGGCAGAAGGCGUCAUCCAAGAGGGAGAGAGUAGGCUAGCGCGUUCUUCGUCUUCUCAACCUCCAAACGAGCCACAGGAAGAGGCGUCUACUGGACUGACCGAAAUUCUACCUGGCUUCCCAGAAAAGGUGGUUGGCGAAAUUGUCUGGUGCAAUGCCGACAACGUCAACACCGAUGCGAUUUAUCCCGGCAAAUAUACCUACGACGAUGCCUUCAGCUCAGACCCCGCCAAGAUGGCCACAGUCGUAAUGGAGAACUACGACACCAACUUCGCCAAGAUCGCCAAACCAGGCGACAUCCUCGUCUCCGGCUUCAACUUCGGCUGCGGCUCGUCAAGAGAACAAGCCGCGACUGCGAUCCUCGCCAAAGGUUUACCACUCGUCGUCUCCGGCAGCUUCGGCAACAUCUUCAGCAGGAAUUCUAUCAACAACGCCUUGAUGGGCGUCGAAGUCCCCAAACUCAUCGAGAGACUUCGAUCCGCCUUCAACGACAACGCACCCGCUGCGACUGGCCAAGCGGGAAAGAAACCGAUUACUGAGCCCUCGCAGAACAGCCAGAGCUUAGACUCGCCUCCGCCUGCGCCUGAAAGCAAGCCAGUCGAGAAGCCACUUACCGUACGGACGGGCUGGACGUUUACAUGGGAUGUGAGGAGGAGUCAGGUUGUGAUUCAGGAGGGCGAAGGUGGGGAGUCGUGGACGCAGAAGGUGGGCGAGUUGCCGCCGAAUGUGCAGGAGAUUAUUGCGAGGGGUGGGUUGGAGAAGUGGGUGCAAAAAGAGAUUGCGAUGGAGGCGAGGGUUUGA